AUGAAACGGCUACGAUCGUCGGAUAGCAACUUCUGGAAAAUCCGCCCCGGCUUCUCGCCUAACGAAAACGGCUCGAGUAGUGUUCACGUGUCCGGCCGGGAAAGGCUGUUCCGCCGCGCGUCUGCUCAGAGCCGGCACUGGGAUUGGGUGGAAAACGAUUCUGGCGGCGAUAAUCCCUUGGGCGACGGUGAUAAGGUCGACGAUUCUUAUGGCUCCGACAAUUUCUAUAGCCCUGCUGAUUCCGAUGGUGACCGCAGAAAUCCCUAUGCUGGUCAUAAAGCCUAUGGUUCCAAUAAAAGCUACGGCCAGGAUUCACUGCGCGCCGAUGGUGGGUCGCCCGUGAUCCCGCACGACGUCGCCAAGGCUCUCGUGGAUAGCUUGGCGAAGGUUCACGAAAGCGCUCGCGAAAACGACGAAGAUGAUGGCGAUUUUUAUGCUUUGACAUCUGAGGCGCCUCAGGAACACGAAUCGGUUCAAGAACCGCAACCACUGGCUGUGCCGGCUGCAAAGGAAGCAGCAAAUUUAGAGUCGGAUCGUGAUCGGGCCUCGCGUGGAGCCGCGCUUAGAGCCGCGCGAGAUUUCUCCCACACGCCUGUUGAUUUUCAGACGCCAGCUGUUGCACGGGGUAGCAGUGGUAACCAGCGCUCUGGUAACCACCGUGUAGACUCUGAAGCGCGCCGUGGGCAUAAUAGGAGCAGUGAGGAGGAGUUGGUGCUGAGUUCCUGGUGCUGGCCUGCUGAGUCAGCACUUGCUGACUCAGCCUCGUCUGGAGGCGCGUCAUCCGUUGCUGCGGGCAGCGGCGAGGCGGCGGUGGUGCGACAGCUGGCGUUCAACGGUUGGUCGUCUGACGUGGUUCGGGUUGCCCCGCCAGGACGCAUCGCUCCUCGCCGAAAGGCGUCGAUUGCAAAGCCGCUGCUGAUCACCUCCCUGCUCUGUGGUGCUGCGCUGCUAUACCGAGGGACUCUGACCGACAAAGGCAUCCCUCUGCUACACUCACGUCGGGAUUCAGUCACCACCAUCAGCGCUCAUGAAGUUGCGUCAUCCCAGGAGACUGCUAAGGAGAGGCGAGGGCAGAAGGCAGGAGCAGCUGGAGGGGAGGUAGAGGAUGGAAGAGAGGAGCAGAGAAGAGAAGGCAUGGGGUUGGAAGCGAGUGAGGAAGAGAGUGUGAAGGAAGAUGGGAAGGAGAGCGGAGAGGGAGAGUUGGGGAGUGUGUUGGGGGAGGGGGAGGUGGAGAGGAGAGGGGCUGAGGUUGGGGCAUGGAGAGGAGAGGUGGUGGGAAGGGGGAAGGAGGAGAGGAUGAGGGUGGUGGUGGCGCCUCAUGUUAACCCGGAGCAUGCCCGCUUGCUGGAAGGAUUGAAAGAGCUUCAGGUGAUAGGUGCUGACGUGGCACCAGCUGGCAUCUGCACGAGGAGGGAGUUUGCCACGUGGCUGAUGGCGUUCAGUGAGAAGCUCUCGGCCUCGCCCACCGAUAGGGUGUAUCCCGCCAUGUUUAUAGAGGGGAUAUCGGAACAGGCCUAUGCUGACGUGGCACCUGAUGACAAGGAUUUUGCUGCCAUUCAAGGCCUGGCCGAAGCUGGCAUUCUGCCGAGCUUGUUGGGUCGGAGGGACGAGGUGGGAGGGGCAGCGGCAGGGGAAGGUGCAGGGGAGGGGGAGGCACUAUUCCGGCCAGACAGUCCCCUCACCCGUCAGGAUCUGCUGACGUGGCGCUUUGCUCUGGAGUACUCCCACCUGCCGCCGGCCGACCUCGUCGCCCUGCGCCACACAUGUGGGCUCAUCGAUGCUGCCCGAAUCUCCCCUGCAGCCCAAAGAGCCCCCGUUACGCACGCUCAGGCUGCUGCGGCGCUCACGUUCGGCCGAACCUACGAGACGGUGAACGAGGCUGCGGUUCGGGUGGAGGUGGCAGAGGCUCGGAAGGCAGCUGACGUGGCGAGGCAGGAGGCUGAGUCAGCAAGGAAAGAAGCUGCGCGAUUGGCCGAGGAGAUGGAGAGAGUGAGAAGGGAGGAGGAGGAGGAAGUAAGGAAGGAGAAAGAAGAGCGAGAGAGUGUGGAGAGGGAAAGGGAGUCACUAAGAGAAGAGGUAGAGAGGCUAAGAGCUGAGAUUGCCAGUGUUGGCAGGGUUAGCUCUAGCAGUGGUGAUGCUGAUGGUGGGGUUGAAGGGAAGUUGAGUAGUGCAAGUGGGGGGCUGGAAGGAGGGGAGGAGGAAGAUGCAAUUGGGGUGGCAGGCGAAGGGGUGCAAGGGCUCGUCAGCGAGAGGGAGGCAGGAGGAGGAGGUGCGAGUGUGGAAGGCAGCGCUUCUGAUGGGACGGAGGAGGGCAGAUCUUCCGAUGGUGUCGAUGCCUGCACAGCAGGCACAGCGUGGCACCACCAGAAGAUCUUCCGAUGGUGUCGAUGCCUGCACAGCAGGCACAGCGUGGCACCACCAGAAGAUCUUCCGAUGGUGUCGAUGCCUGCACAGCAGGCACAGCGUGGCACCACCAGAAGAUCUUCCGAUGGUGUCGAUGCCUGCACAGCAGGCACAGCGUGGCACCACCAGAAGAUCUUCCGAUGGUGUCGAUGCCUGCACAGCAGGCACAGCAGGCACAGCGUGGCACCACCAGAAUAUCUUCCGAUGGUGUCGAUGCCUGCACAGCAGGCACAGCGUGGCACCACCAGAAGAUCUUCCGAUGGUGUCGAUGCCUGCACAGCAGGCACAGCGUGGCACCACCAGAAGAUCUUCCGAUGGUGUCGAUGCCUGCACAGCAGGCACAGCGUGGCACCACCAGAAGAUCUUCCGAUGGUGUCGAUGCCUGCACAGCAGGCACAGCGUGGCACCACCAGAAGAUCUUCCGAUGGUGUCGAUGCCUGCACAGCAGGCACAGCAGGCACAGCGUGGCACCACCAGAAGAUCUUCCGAUGGUGUCGAUGCCUGCACAGCAGGCACAGCGUGGCACCACCAGAAGAUCUUCCGAUGGUGUCGAUGCCUGCACAGCAGGCACAGCGUGGCACCACCAGAAGAUCUUCCGAUGGUGUCGAUGCCUGCACAGCAGGCACAGCGUGGCACCACCAGAAGAUCUUCCGAUGGUGUCGAUGCCUGCACAGCAGGCACAGCGUGGCACCACCAGAAGAUCUUCCGAUGGUGUCGAUGCCUGCACAGCAGGCACAGCGUGGCACCACCAGAAGAUCUUCCGAUGGUGUCGAUGCCUGCACAGCAGGCACAGCAGGCACAGCGUGGCACCACCAGAAGAUCUUCCGAUGGUGUCGAUGCCUGCACAGCAGGCACAGCAGGCACAGCGUGGCACCACCAGAAUAUCUUCCGAUGGUGUCGAUGCCUGCACAGCAGGCACAGCGUGGCACCACCAGAAUAUCUUCCGAUAGUGUCGAUGCCUGCACAGCAGGCACAGCGUGGCACCACCAGAAUAUCUUCCGAUGGUGUCGAUGCCUGCACAGCAGGCACAGCGUGGCACCACCAGAAUAUCUUCCGAUGGUGUCGAUGCCUGCACAGCAGGCACAGCGUGGCACCACCAGAAGAUCUUCCGAUGGUGUCGAUGCCUGCACAGCAGGCACAGCAGGCACAGCGUGGCACCACCAGAAUAUCUUCCGAUGGUGUCGAUGCCUGCACAGCAGGCACAGCGUGGCACCACCAGAAUAUCUUCCGAUAGUGUCGAUGCCUGCACAGCAGGCACAGCGUGGCACCACCAGAAUAUCUUCCGAUGGUGUCGAUGCCUGCACAGCAGGCACAGCGUGGCACCACCAGAAGAUCUUCCGAUGGUGUCGAUGCCUGCACAGCAGGCACAGCGUGGCACCACCAGAAGAUCUUCCGAUGGUGUCGAUGCCUGCACAGCAGGCACAGCAGGCACAGCGUGGCACCACCAGAAUAUCUUCCGAUGGUGUCGAUGCCUGCACAGCAGGCACAGCGUGGCACCACCAGAAUAUCUUCCGAUGGCACAGCGUGGCACCACCAGAAGAUCUUCCGAUGGUGUCGAUGCCUGCACAGCAGGCACAGCGUGGCACCACCAGAAUAUCUUCCGAUGGUGUCGAUGCCUGCACAGCAGGCACAGCGUGGCACCACCAGAAGAUCUUCCGAUGGUGUCGAUGCCUGCACAGCAGGCACAGCGUGGCACCACCAGAAGAUCUUCCGAUGGUGUCGAUGCCUGCACAGCAGGCACAGCGUGGCACCACCAGAAUAUCUUCCGAUGGUGUCGAUGCCUGCACAGCAGGCACAGCGUGGCACCACCAGAAGAUCUUCCGAUGGUGUCGAUGCCUGCACAGCAGGCACAGCGUGGCACCACCAGAAGAUCUUCCGAUGGUGUCGACGCCUGCACAGCAGGCACAGCGUGGCACCACCAGAAUAUCUUCCGAUGGUGUCGAUGCCUGCACAGCAGGCACAGCGUGGCACCACCAGAAUAUCUUCCGAUGGUGUCGAUGCCUGCACAGCAGGCACAGCGUGGCACCACCAGAAUAUCUUCCGAUGGUGUCGAUGCCUGCACAGCAGGCACAGCGUGGCACCACCAGAAUAUCUUCCGAUGGUGUCGAUGCCUGCACAGCAGGCACAGCGUGGCACCACCAGAAGAUCUUCCGAUGGUGUCGAUGCCUGCACAGCAGGCACAGCAGGCACAGCGUGGCACCACCAGAAUAUCUUCCGAUGGUGUCGAUGCCUGCACAGCAGGCACAGCGUGGCACCACCAGAAUAUCUUCCGAUAGUGUCGAUGCCUGCACAGCAGGCACAGCGUGGCACCACCAGAAUAUCUUCCGAUGGUGUCGAUGCCUGCACAGCAGGCACAGCGUGGCACCACCAGAAUAUCUUCCGAUGGUGUCGAUGCCUGCACAGCAGGCACAGCGUGGCACCACCAGAAGAUCUUCCGAUGGUGUCGAUGCCUGCACAGCAGGCACAGCGUGGCACCACCAGAAUAUCUUCCGAUGGUGUCGAUGCCUGCACAGCAGGCACAGCGUGGCACCACCAGAAGAUCUUCCGAUGGUGUCGAUGCCUGCACAGCAGGCACAGCGUGGCACCACCAGAAGAUCUUCCGAUGGUGUCGAUGCCUGCACAGCAGGCACAGCAGGCACAGCGUGGCACCACCAGAAUAUCUUCCGAUGGUGUCGAUGCCUGCACAGCAGGCACAGCGUGGCACCACCAGAAUAUCUUCCGAUAGUGUCGAUGCCUGCACAGCAGGCACAGCGUGGCACCACCAGAAUAUCUUCCGAUGGUGUCGAUGCCUGCACAGCAGGCACAGCGUGGCACCACCAGAAUAUCUUCCGAUGGUGUCGAUGCCUGCACAGCAGGCACAGCGUGGCACCACCAGAAGAUCUUCCGAUGGUGUCGAUGCCUGCACAGCAGGCACAGCGUGGCACCACCAGAAUAUCUUCCGAUGGUGUCGAUGCCUGCACAGCAGGCACAGCGUGGCACCACCAGAAGAUCUUCCGAUGGUGUCGAUGCCUGCACAGCAGGCACAGCGUGGCACCACCAGAAGAUCUUCCGAUGGUGUCGAUGCCUGCACAGCAGGCACAGCGUGGCACCACCAGAAUAUCUUCCGAUGGUGUCGACGCCUGCACAGCAGGCACAGCGUGGCACCACCAGAAUAUCUUCCGAUGGCACAGCGUGGCACCACCAGAAUAUCUUCCGAUGGUGUCGAUGCCUGCACAGCAGGCACAGCGUGGCACCACCAGAAGAUCUUCCGAUGGUGUCGAUGCCUGCACAGCGUGGCACCACCAGAAUAUCUUCCGAUGGUGUCGAUGCCUGCACAGCAGGCACAGCGUGGCACCACCAGAAUAUCUUCCGAUGGUGUCGAUGCCUGCACAGCAGGCACAGCGUGGCACCACCAGAAUAUCUUCCGAUGGUGUCGAUGCCUGCACAGCAGGCACAGCGUGGCACCACCAGAAUAUCUUCCGAUGGUGUCGAUGCCUGCACAGCAGGCACAGCGUGGCACCACCAGAAGAUCUUCCGAUGGUGUCGAUGCCUGCACAGCAGGCACAGCGUGGCACCACCAGAAUAUCUUCCGAUGGUGUCGAUGCCUGCACAGCAGGCACAGCAGGCACAGCGUGGCACCACCAGAAGAUCUUCCGAUGGUGUCGAUGCCUGCACAGCAGGCACAGCAGGCACAGCGUGGCACCACCAGAAUAUCUUCCGAUGGUGUCGAUGCCUGCACAGCAGGCACAGCGUGGCACCACCAGAAUAUCUUCCGAUAGUGUCGAUGCCUGCACAGCAGGCACAGCGUGGCACCACCAGAAUAUCUUCCGAUGGUGUCGAUGCCUGCACAGCAGGCACAGCGUGGCACCACCAGAAUAUCUUCCGAUGGUGUCGAUGCCUGCACAGCAGGCACAGCGUGGCACCACCAGAAGAUCUUCCGAUGGUGUCGAUGCCUGCACAGCAGGCACAGCGUGGCACCACCAGAAGAUCUUCCGAUGGUGUCGAUGCCUGCACAGCAGGCACAGCGUGGCACCACCAGAAGAUCUUCCGAUGGUGUCGAUGCCUGCACAGCAGGCACAGCGUGGAACCACCAGAAGAUCUUCCGAUGGUGUCGAUGCCUGCACAGCAGGCACAGCGUGGCACCACCAGAAGAUCUUCCGAUGGUGUCGAUGCCUGCACAGCAGGCACAGCGUGGCACCACCAGAAGAUCUUCCGAUGGUGUCGAUGCCUGCACAGCAGGCACAGCGUGGCACCACCAGAAGAUCUUCCGAUGGUGUCGAUGCCUGCACAGCAGGCACAGCGUGGCACCACCAGAAUAUCUUCCGAUGGUGUCGAUGCCUGCACAGCAGGCACAGCGUGGAACCACCAGAAGAUCUUCCGAUGGUGUCGAUGCCUGCACAGCAGGCACAGCGUGGCACCACCAGAAGAUCUUCCGAUGGUGUCGAUGCCUGCACAGCAGGCACAGCGUGGCACCACCAGAAGAUCUUCCGAUGGUGUCGAUGCCUGCACAGCAGGCACAGCGUGGCACCACCAGAAGAUCUUCCGAUGGUGUCGAUGCCUGCACAGCAGGCACAGCGUGGCACCACCAGAAUAUCUUCCGAUGGUGUCGAUGCCUGCACAGCAGGCACAGCGUGGUACCACCAGAAGAUCUUCCGAUGGUGUCGAUGCCUGCACAGCAGGCACAGCGUGGCACCACCAGAAGAUCUUCCGAUGGUGUCGAUGCCUGCACAGCAGGCACAGCGUGGCACCACCAGAAUAUCUUCCGAUGGUGUCGAUGCCUGCACAGCAGGCACAGCGUGGCACCACCAGAAGAUCUUCCGAUGGUGUCGAUGCCUGCACAGCAGGCACAGCGUGGCACCACCAGAAUAUCUUCCGAUGGUGUCGAUGCCUGCACAGCAGGCACAGCGUGGCACCACCAGAAGAUCUUCCGAUGGUGUCGAUGCCUGCACAGCAGGCACAGCGUGGCACCACCAGAAUAUCUUCCGAUGGUGUCGAUGCCUGCACAGCAGGCACAGCGUGGCACCACCAGAAGAUCUUCCGAUGGUGUCGAUGCCUGCACAGCAGGCACAGCGUGGCACCACCAGAAGAUCUUCCGAUGGUGUCGAUGCCUGCACAGCAGGCACAGCGUGGCACCACCAGAAGAUCUUCCGAUGGUGUCGAUGCCUGCACAGCAGGCACAGCGUGGCACCACCAGAAUAUCUUCCGAUGGUGUCGAUGCCUGCACAGCAGGCACAGCGUGGCACCACCAGAAGAUCUUCCGAUGGUGUCGAUGCCUGCACAGCAGGCACAGCGUGGCACCACCAGAAUAUCUUCCGAUGGUGUCGAUGCCUGCACAGCAGGCACAGCGUGGCACCACCAGAAUAUCUUCCGAUGGUGUCGAUGCCUGCACAGCAGGCACAGCGUGGCACCACCAGAAGAUCUUCCGAUGGUGUCGAUGCCUGCACAGCAGGCACAGCGUGGCACCACCAGAAGAUCUUCCGAUGGUGUCGAUGCCUGCACAGCAGGCACAGCGUGGCACCACCAGAAGAUCUUCCGAUGGUGUCGAUGCCUGCACAGCAGGCACAGCGUGGCACCACCAGAAGAUCUUCCGAUGGUGUCGAUGCCUGCACAGCAGGCACAACGUGGCACCACCAGAAGAUCUUCCGAUGGUGUCGAUGCCUGCACAGCAGGCACAGCGUGGCACCACCAGAAGAUCUUCCGAUGGUGUCGAUGCCUGCACAGCAGGCACAGCGUGGAACCACCAGAAGAUCUUCCGAUGGUGUCGAUGCCUGCACAGCAGGCACAGCGUGGCACCACCAGAAGAUCUUCCGAUGGUGUCGAUGCCUGCACAGCAGGCACAGCGUGGCACCACCAGAAGAUCUUCCGAUGGUGUCGAUGCCUGCACAGCAGGCACAGCGUGGCACCACCAGAAGAUCUUCCGAUGGUGUCGAUGCCUGCACAGCAGGCACAGCGUGGCACCACCAGAAUAUCUUCCGAUGGUGUCGAUGCCUGCACAGCAGGCACAGCGUGGCACCACCAGAAGAUCUUCCGAUGGUGUCGAUGCCUGCACAGCAGGCACAGCGUGGCACCACCAGAAGAUCUUCCGAUGGUGUCGAUGCCUGCACAGCAGGCACAGCGUGGCACCACCAGAAUAUCUUCCGAUGGUGUCGAUGCCUGCACAGCAGGCACAGCGUGGCACCACCAGAAGAUCUUCCGAUGGUGUCGAUGCCUGCACAGCAGGCACAGCGUGGCACCACCAGAAUAUCUUCCGAUGGUGUCGAUGCCUGCACAGCAGGCACAGCGUGGCACCACCAGAAUAUCUUCCGAUGGUGUCGAUGCCUGCACAGCAGGCACAGCGUGGCACCACCAGAAGAUCUUCCGAUGGUGUCGAUGCCUGCACAGCAGGCACAGCGUGGCACCACCAGAAGAUCUUCCGAUGGUGUCGAUGCCUGCACAGCAGGCACAGCGUGGCACCACCAGAAGAUCUUCCGAUGGUGUCGAUGCCUGCACAGCAGGCACAGCGUGGCACCACCAGAAUAUCUUCCGAUGGUGUCGAUGCCUGCACAGCAGGCACAGCGUGGCACCACCAGAAUAUCUUCCGAUGGUGUCGAUGCCUGCACAGCAGGCACAGCGUGGCACCACCAGAAUAUCUUCCGAUGGUGUCGAUGCCUGCACAGCAGGCACAGCGUGGCACCACCAGAAGAUCUUCCGAUGGUGUCGAUGCCUGCACAGCAGGCACAGCGUGGCACCACCAGAAUAUCUUCCGAUGGUGUCGAUGCCUGCACAGCAGGCACAGCGUGGCACCACCAGAAUAUCUUCCGAUGGUGUCGAUGCCUGCACAGCAGGCACAGCGUGGCACCACCAGAAGAUCUUCCGAUGGUGUCGAUGCCUGCACAGCAGGCACAGCGUGGCACCACCAGAAUAUCUUCCGAUGGUGUCGAUGCCUGCACAGCAGGCACAGCGUGGCACCACCAGAAUAUCUUCCGAUGGUGUCGAUGCCUGCACAGCAGGCACAGCGUGGCACCACCAGAAGAUCUUCCGAUGGUGUCGAUGCCUGCACAGCAGGCACAGCGUGGCACCACCAGAAUAUCUUCCGAUGGUGUCGAUGCCUGCACAGCAGGCACAGCGUGGCACCACCAGAAUAUCUUCCGAUGGUGUCGAUGCCUGCACAGCAGGCACAGCGUGGCACCACCAGAAUAUCUUCUGAUGGUGUCGAUGCCUGCACAGCAGGCACAGCGUGGCACCACCAGAAUAUCUUCCGAUGGUGUCGAUGCCUGCACAGCAGGCACAGCGUGGCACCACCAGAAUAUCUUCCGAUGGUGUCGAUGCCUGCACAGCAGGCACAGCGUGGCACCACCAGAAUAUCUUCCGAUGGUGUCGAUGCCUGCACAGCAGGCACAGCGUGGCACCACCAGAAUAUCUUCCGAUGGUGUCGAUGCCUGCACAGCAGGCACAGCGUGGCACCACCAGAAGAUCUUCCGAUGGUGUCGAUGCCUGCACAGCAGGCACAGCGUGGCACCACCAGAAGAUCUUCCGAUGGUGUCGAUGCCUGCACAGCAGGCACAGCGUGGCACCACCAGAAUAUCUUCCGAUGGUGUCGAUGCCUGCACAGCAGGCACAGCGUGGCACCACCAGAAUAUCUUCCGAUGGUGUCGAUGCCUGCACAGCAGGCACAGCGUGGCACCACCAGAAUAUCUUCCGAUGGUGUCGAUGCCUGCACAGCAGGCACAGCGUGGCACCACCAGAAUAUCUUCCGAUGGUGUCGAUGCCUGCACAGCAGGCACAGCGUGGCACCACCAGAAUAUCUUCCGAUGGUGUCGAUGCCUGCACAGCAGGCACAGCGUGGCACCACCAGAAGAUCUUCCGAUGGUGUCGAUGCCUGCACAGCAGGCACAGCGUGGCACCACCAGAAGAUCUUCCGAUGGUGUCGAUGCCUGCACAGCAGGCACAGCGUGGCACCACCAGAAGAUCUUCCGAUGGUGUCGAUGCCUGCACAGCAGGCACAGCGUGGCACCACCAGAAGAUCUUCCGAUGGUGUCGAUGCCUGCACAGCAGGCACAGCGUGGCACCACCAGAAUAUCUUCCGAUGGUGUCGAUGCCUGCACAGCAGGCACAGCGUGGCACCACCAGAAGAUCUUCCGAUGGUGUCGAUGCCUGCACAGCAGGCACAGCGUGGCACCACCAGAAUAUCUUCCGAUGGUGUCGAUGCCUGCACAGCAGGCACAGCGUGGCACCACCAGAAUAUCUUCCGAUGGUGUCGAUGCCUGCACAGCAGGCACAGCGUGGCACCACCAGAAUAUCUUCCGAUGGUGUCGAUGCCUGCACAGCAGGCACAGCGUGGCACCACCAGAAUAUCUUCCGAUGGUGUCGAUGCCUGCACAGCAGGCACAGCGUGGCACCACCAGAAUAUCUUCCGAUGGUGUCGAUGCCUGCACAGCAGGCACAGCGUGGCACCACCAGAAUAUCUUCCGAUGGUGUCGAUGCCUGCACAGCAGGCACAGCGUGGCACCACCAGAAUAUCUUCCGAUGGUGUCGAUGCCUGCACAGCAGGCACAGCGUGGCACCACCAGAAGAUCUUCCGAUGGUGUCGAUGCCUGCACAGCAGGCACAGCGUGGCACCACCAGAAGAUCUUCCGAUGGUGUCGAUGCCUGCACAGCAGGCACAGCGUGGCACCACCAGAAUAUCUUCCGAUGGUGUCGAUGCCUGCACAGCAGGCACAGCGUGGCACCACCAGAAGAUCUUCCGAUGGUGUCGAUGCCUGCACAGCAGGCACAGCGUGGCACCACCAGAAUAUCUUCCGAUGGUGUCGAUGCCUGCACAGCAGGCACAGCGUGGCACCACCAGAAGAUCUUCCGAUGGUGUCGAUGCCUGCACAGCAGGCACAGCGUGGCACCACCAGAAUAUCUUCCGAUGGUGUCGAUGCCUGCACAGCAGGCACAGCGUGGCACCACCAGAAGAUCUUCCGAUGGUGUCGAUGCCUGCACAGCAGGCACAGCGUGGCACCACCAGAAUAUCUUCCGAUGGUGUCGAUGCCUGCACAGCAGGCACAGCGUGGCACCACCAGAAUAUCUUCCGAUGGUGUCGAUGCCUGCACAGCAGGCACAGCGUGGCACCACCAGAAUAUCUUCCGAUGGUGUCGAUGCCUGCACAGCAGGCACAGCGUGGCACCACCAGAAUAUCUUCCGAUGGUGUCGAUGCCUGCACAGCAGGCACAGCGUGGCACCACCAGAAGAUCUUCCGAUGGUGUCGAUGCCUGCACAGCAGGCACAGCGUGGCACCACCAGAAGAUCUUUUACCUGUUUCCAUUCUGGAUGCGUCCUUCACUCUGUUUCUCCAAACCCAUACAACCCGCUAUUCUCCCCCCGGGAUGGUGGGCGGAUUUGAUUCAACAGAGAGCAGAGGAGGCGAAACACGGCGCUGCCAAGAAUCUGAUCAGAAUCAAAGAGCGUUCUGCUGACGUGGCGUCCAGCCUGGCUGGCAGCGUGGCAGACGGCAGCCUGCAGCGGUUGGUGGUGGAGAAGGCAGAGGAAGCUGCCAGGAAGGUGCAGAAGCUGCAGGAUAUGGGUUUCGAGCGGGCGGCGGGGGAAUUGAAGGAAGGUGCAAGGAUGGUGCGGCAGCUAAUGGGAGGGGAGGUGGCGAGGAGGAUCGAGGGACUGCGGUCGGGCAAGAUGUUGGUCCCUAAAAAGAACCGUCUCUUGGUCUACAAGUACCUCUUCAGCGAGGGAGUCCUGUUCGCGGAGAAGGACUUCAACCUGCCCAAGCACCCCGAGCUCGAGGUCCCCAACCUGCAAGUGAUCAAGCUGAUGCAGAGCUUCAAGUCGAAGGGGUUUGUGCGCGAGACGUUCGCGUGGCGGCACUACUACUGGUACCUCACCAACGAGGGCAUCGAGCACCUGCGCGACUACCUCAACCUCCCCUCUGAGAUCGUACCCGCCACCCUCAAGAAGUCCUCCCGCCCGCCCGGCCGCCCCAUGGGCGCUGGCGGCGACCGCCCUCCCCGCCGUUUCGAGGGUGGAAGGGGCUAUGGGGAUCGCGAGGGAUACCGCGGGUACGGUGCCGGUGGUGACGACAAGGCCGCCGCAACGGUGCUUCAGUCUUGA